AUGCACACACACACAAAGGAGAUAGUCUCAAUUAAGAGACUUUCCUACACAACACUCAACCACACUCCACUCACACACUCUACAGCGCUCACUAAGCUACUACCACCAAAACUACGUGGUAUCGGCUUCUAUCAUGCACGGAUCUCCCCUCACCGUGAUAUCCGCGUCAGAGAAACACACAGUAACCCUGACCGGACUCUCACACCGAUUCUUGACCCUUCCAUGAUCAAGAACUCGGCUCCCGACUCUCUUGCCAUCGCCGACAAGAGACACCCGGGCUACACCGUCGUGUAG